UGUGUGUGUGUGUGUGUGUGUGUGUGUGUGUGUGUGUGUGUGUGUCGUGCUCUCUAUUGCGACUUGUCUAUUUAAGCAAUAUAGCACUCGUGGGAGUGGGGUAGGUAAGGGAUUAUCCCUUACCUACCCCACUCCCACGAGUGCUAUAUUGCUUUUAUAAAACAAUUCUACCGUCAACAAAUUAACAUUUCAACACAAAGUUAUUGAUUAAAAAUGGUUUAUUUCGCCAUUGUUUCUUUCUUUCUUUUCUUGUUUCAAAGACAGGAUGCUUUGGUUAAUUUUUAUUAUUAUAAUUACAUUAUUAUUAAUAAUAUUAUUCUUCUUAUUAUUAUUAUUAUUAAAGGUCCAUGCCAUUCUUCGGGACAAUGCAAGCAAUAUGAAGAAGGCAAUUAGGGACCUGGGAGUCUCCAGCCUGGGAUGUUUCUCGCACAUGAUUCAACUCGUGGUGCACGAUGGACUGCUGUCCCAGCGAAGUGUGAGCGAUGCGCUGGCCAGUGGGAGAAAAAUAAUUGGGCACUUCAAACAUUCCCCAUUGGCCACAUCAAGACUUGAAACUGUCCAGACGGGUCUGGGAAUGCCAGUCAAACGUCUGAUCCAAGAUGUUCCCACCCGCUGGAACAGCACCUUUUAUAUGACUGCGAGCCUGCUGGAGCAAAAGAGUGCCAUCUCACUCUAUGCUGCAGACCACCAGCUCCCAGCAACACUGACAGCAAGUGACUGGACCUUGCUGGAGAAAAUCAACACUCUUCUGGCUCCAUUUGAAGAGAUCACAAAACAGAUCAGCUUCGCCACCUCCACCACCUCAGAGGUCAUCCCCUCAGUCAUCGUCCUGAAGCGUCUGUUGGCCAAACAGACCACGGAGGACAGCGGGAUAAAAACAAUGAAGGCGACACUUCUAGCAGCUAUGGGCACAAGAUUCCAGACCGUUGAGGCAGAGCCCUUGUACUCUGUUUCAACCAUAUUGGACCCACGUUACAAAGACAGAUACUUCACAAGUGCAGAGAGCAGCAAGCUUGCAAGAAGUGCACUGACCCAAGAGGUGGAGAAAAAUGUGGAGUCAUCACUGCAGACAACCACCACAGAGGCAGCAGACCCAGCCAGUAAGACCCCACGGAUGACAACAGAGCCCAACACAAGCAGCUGCUUUAAGGGGCUGUAUGAGGAAUUCCUGCAAGAGCAUGCUGCUGAACAAGGUGGGGCCAGCAGCACAGUUACACAGGUGCAGAUAGAGACAUAUCUGGCUGAGAAAACAAUCCACCGCACAGAGAGCCCAUUCGAGUACUGGGGAAAGAAUAAAGAACGGUUCCCCUCCCUGGCUACUACAGCUGCAAAGUUUCUCUCCGCUCCCUCCACCAGCGUAGAUAGUGAGAGGCUUUUCAGCACAGCUUCUAACAUACUUGAUGAGAAGAGGAAUAGGCUGUCAGGAGAUCAUGUAGAAACACUAAUCUUCCUCAAGAAAAAUCUGCCAAUGUACCUGAGCUUGAACCCCAAAGACUUGAAUCCUCAAAAGUAAACAAGAGUAAACACUACUAGGUGUUGUGUGACAGAUCUGUCACUGAUUAAUGCUAUUUGUUCUUACCUCAGAUACGUUAAAUUAAUGCAGCUAUCUCUCAAAUGUACCUCAUAUGUAUAUUAUUUCUUAUUUUAAUACAAUUUAACGUUCUACUUCUUACUCUUGCACUAGUUUUAUACACUAGUAUUAUGUUAUAAUUUUAUGAAAGUUGCACUAUUUUGGCAUUUGAGAGCCAAAACUCAGGGUUUUUAAGAGUUUGUAAUGUAUUUUUAAUGUAAUGUAAUUUUAAUGUAUUUUACUUUCUUACUGUUGCACUGUUGCACUGUUCACUUCUAUUAUACAUGUUCUAAUUUCAUGAAUGUUGCACUAUGUUGGCCUUUGAGAGCCAAAAGUUUAUUCAGCUAUUGUUGUCACCCAUACCAGGUAGGCAAUAAAAAGUUCUACUGGA